AUGAUCGUGACAAAGGGUCUUCCCGAUCAGAGCCUCGAAGCGAAGCCCACGCAACAUGAUUCUGCGCUCUAUAUGCCAUAUCUAGGUUGGUCCGAUUGGCCACGCAAACCGGACCGCAACAAUCCCGGGCAAGCGCUUCCGGAACCCGUUCAGUCUCAGGACGACCCCGCAAACCAGGAGCAGCCCUACAUGACCCUCGACCAGUACUAUUACUCCUCGAUCAGUGAAACCACACAAAGAGACAGUGAUCAAGUUGACACUUCUACAAUCUUCCUCGUGAACCAGCUGUGGCUCUUUACGCUUGUCGAUAAAACAAUUGUUACCUUCACAACAAGAGAAACCACCGACGCCACCAGGGGCUUUUUUCAACGAGUACUUGCCAACCUGAAGAGCCAGAAGAACAGAACACCUUGGCCAGUAGAAAGAGUCCGCGAGAUUAUCCUCAGCACGGCGAUCGGGAUGUUCGAUGUACCGGAGAUCAGCCCAGAUCCAAGCCCGAAGAAGUCGCCGCUCGCCAUCUUCCGAGAAUCCAUCCAGAAUGUUCGUGAGAAAGAAGCUGCACUAUACAAGUCAUUCUGCGAGCAACUGGGGGAUGACCUCAAAAGAGAAAAGUCGUCGGAAGGGCGAGACGAAACCAAGGCCGUGAAGAUUGGAAGAUUCUGCAAGUCACUGUGGCUUUUCAUGGCCGACGCUGUGGGCCUUCGCCCUUUGCGCGAACAGAACAUACACAGUUUAGGGACUGAUAGAACGGGCGAUAUGUUGUUCGAAGGAGAUAAUACUCAAGCUGCCAGGGCCACAGGCGCUAGACCCGAUGCCGGAAACCAGACAGCGCGCGUGCGAAGACCAAACACAAAGAAACCCGAAAAGGAGACCAUCUCCGCAUCCAAGAAGGAGUAUGAUAACAUCCUCGCGGAAACAACGCUUCUACGGGAGAUCAAGGAUAUCAGCAACGAGCUCAACAUUCUUCAAAGCUUGGCGGAGGAUCAAAAAGAGGUGUGCGACCGGCUCUGGGGCAAGGAGCAUGAACGCAAGGCAGGCUUCACCUACGAAACCCCUUCUGAGAUCAAAGCGGAGAUCGAAGAGAUGAUCAAAGAUGCGGAGACCGUCCGGAAGUCCCUUGACAUGCUGCUUGAUCUCAAGCAGAAGCAAGCGAACAUCAACCAAGCGAAGAGCAGCCGCAAGCAGAGCGACGAGACUGCCAAGCAGGGUGUUGCUAUCAUGGUGUUUACACUUGUGACGACCGCCUUCCUGCCCGCAUCGUUUCUGACGAGCUUCUUUGCUUUGAAUGUGUCUGACUUUCCUCAUGUCAGAGAGCUCGGCGUUUCUGUGGCCGUCUCUUUGAUUAUCGCGUGUAUUGCUUCUCAAUUGACCAAGUGGGGUAGACGCUGGAAAGCGGUGAAGGCCAAGAUAGAUAAGGAUAUUGAGGCAGGAGACCAGGAAUGA